AUGCCAAGCGAAGUCUCCCAAGCAUGGCCAUAUCCAAUAGACAUCAUCGAAUACUUCGAAAUGCUUCCGAGACACUCGAAGACACAGCUGUAUGGAGCGCCGAUCUUUGCAGUGUCGUUUCUUAAGGUCUUUGACGAGAAGACCACAAAAUUUGUCUUCGACCUACUACUGAAGUCUCACUCCAUAAGCUCGCUAAGGGAGAUAGAGGGAAUCAAGGAGACUUUGAAGAUACUGCUAAGGAUCCAGGUGAUCGGAAAGAAAGGAAACAACAUAUAUCUGGAUGAGGGUUUCAGAAGGUCGUUAAUGGACGGGUUUUGCAUGCUUACGAUGGAAAGGCACUACAGGAGCAUUGGUGAGAAGGUGGAAAUGGAUGAGUCGGAAAGCAGCAGAAAAUUUGAGGCUAUUCUGGGGUCUGUCGUCAACAGGGAGUGCAGGAUAGAGGCGUUUGGGGUCUCGGAGGUUCUUAUGUUUGGAGGGCUCCUUGGCAGGGACAGAAACAUUACCAACAGAGGAUUUGAGUUUCUUCUGAAGACAAAAAAGGAGCAGCUGUGGUGUCUUGUGCUUCUAUCCCUGAAGUACUUUCUCGGGUCUGUGGAAGAGGAGAUAGCUGUGCUUGAGGCGCUGUUUGAGCUAAGCGCAAGGGCCGUUGGAACUGUGUAUCGCCAGGUCGACCAGAUGGACAGGAGACUGUUUAAGUACUUGGAGGCGCUGGGAAUACUGAGGCUUUAUGAAAAAGGUCUUGCAAUUGGAAGAUCCUUUGUACAGCUGUUCGAGGCAUCGGAGCGCAACAGGAGGGAGUUUAUAAUAGUGGAGACGAACAACAAGAUAUAUGCAUACACAAACUCCGAAUACGAAAAGUCUGUAAUACAUUUGUUCUGCAAUGUGACUGUCAAUCUUCCGAACCUGAUCAAGGGAAUCAUAACGGAGGAGAGCGUGAAUGUUGCAUUCGACAAGGGAAUAACCGGAAAGCAGAUAAUCCAUUUUUUGGAGGCAAGUGUCAGACAAGGAAGCCUGCCCCCGGCAAUUAGGAACCAGAUAGUGAUAUGGGAGUCGAAGAGAAACAGGAUUUUCAUGGUGCCUGGAUACCUGUAUUCGAACUUCCUGAAUCUGUCAGACUAUCAGAAGGUACUAGAAUUCUGCAUUAGAGGAAACCACCUGGUGGAAUCGGAUGUUGACAAAAGAAUGAUAGUUGUGAAGCUGGAGGGGCAUAGCCUCGUUAAGGAGUUCGUAAAGACUAUACUCUAG